AUGGUUGCUAAUCAUACAAUUAUUUCCUUGAGACAAUCAAGCCAAGCUGUAAGCCAAGAACAACCUGUUCAUCCGAUCAUAGAUCGUCUAAUACAGGGCAUUACUAGCGGUAAAAGAGCAAGUCUAGCAGAAAGCAUCACAUUAGUGGAAUCAAAACAUCCUAAAAAAAAGGAAUUAGCUAGAGAACUCCUUAAUUCAGCUUUAAGGCUAUUAAAAGAAAAGGAACUCAAUUCUACUCCUACUUUCCGUAUUGGAUUAUCUGGACCUCCUGGUGCUGGAAAAUCUUAUUUUAUCGAAAAAUUCGGCAAGCAAUUAACUGCAAUGGGUCAUCGUGUGGCUGUUUUGGCCGUAGAUCCUUCUUCUAAUUUUACGGGUGGAUCACUACUUGGAGAUAAAACAAGAAUGGCUGAUUUAUCUAGAGAUCCCAAUGCUUACAUUCGCCCUUCUCCAUCUUCUGGAAAUCUCGGUGGAGUUACCAGAACAACCAAUGAAGCGAUUGUAUUAUGUGAAGCCACCGAUUACGACAUCAUAUUAGUGGAAACAGUCGGUGUAGGUCAAUCCGAAUAUGCUGUAGCAGAUAUGGUUGAUAUGUUUGUACUUUUGAUACCGCCUGCCGGAGGCGAUGAACUACAGGGUAUUAAGAGAGGUAUCGUAGAAAUGGCAGACUUGACAUUAGUUACUAAAGCUGAUGGUGACCUUAUGCCAGCAGCACGUCGUAUACAAAUGGAAUAUACAAGCGCAAUGAAAUUUGUCCGCAGACGCCUCCCCUUUGAUAUUUGGCUCCCAUCAGUUUUUCGUAUUUCAUCAGUAACUGGCUACGGCAUGGACCGUGCGUGGUCUAAAAUGAAGCAGUUCCAUGAACGAAUGAUUGAUAUUGGCGAGUUUAAUAAAAAGCGAAGAGAACAGAGGAAGGUGUGGAUGUGGAAUCAUAUUCAAGAUCAGGUGUUAGAUAGGUUUAAGACACAUCCGCUCAUUAGUCAACGGUUAUCUUCCAUUGAGAAAAGAGUACAAGAAGGUGAACUAACACCUGGCUGGGGUGCUGAAUAUUUAAUAGAGCUGUUUACAAAAAAGUUAUGA